AUGACUUUGCGCUUUUUCAAUUAUGAAUCAUACGUUUUAAUACGAACUGGAAGCGUAUUUGUUACUAAUGGGAAUAUUUUGUUUCAGAAUUUGAAGAAUCAAAUCAUGACUACAAAUCUAUGGGUUGAACAGACUUGGUACGACUACAAGUUACGAUGGGAGCCAAAGGAAUACGGAGGCGUCCAAAUGUUACAUGUACCCUCGGAUCACAUUUGGAGGCCUGACAUAGUGCUUUAUAAUAACGCGGACGGCAACUUUGAGGUAACGCUAGCCACCAAGGCCACCAUCUACCACCAGGGUCUAGUUGAGUGGAAACCGCCCGCAAUAUACAAGUCUUCCUGCGAGAUUGACGUUGAGUAUUUUCCGUUUGAUGACCAAACCUGCUUUCUGAAAUUUGGUAGUUGGACUUAUGACGGAUUUAAGCGCCGAUGGAAACUAUGAGGUAACACUCAUGACGAAGGCCACAGUCUACUUCAAUGGGCUGGUGGUUUGGCAGCCGCCAGCCGUUUAUAAGUCCUCAUGUGCUAUAGACGUAGAAUUCUUUCCGUACGACGUCCAAACAUGCGUUUUGAAGUUAGG